UGCUGACUACGCGUCUGGGUUGUCGCGUCUCCAGCAGGAUUUAAUCUGCAUGCUAACUCUCUCCUGCGGCUCGUUUGCAAACCAAAUAAACAGCACUGUUGACAGAUCUUUGCUUUCGCUGUGAGCCUGAGCAGUCUACAAAGUCUAAUGAAAUGGAUAAUGGAGACUGGGGGAAUAGGAUGACUCACCCAGUCACCUUAAAUGUUGGAGGUCACCUCUACACCACCUCAAUGUCCACCCUCCAGCGGUACCCCGACUCUAUGCUGGGUGCCAUGUUCGGGGGUGAUUUACCCACCACGCGAGAUGCUCAAGGAAACUACUUUAUUGACAGGGAUGGCACUCUGUUUCGCUACAUACUGAACUUCCUGCGCACAUCUGAACUGACUCUGCCAGCUGACUUCAUGGAGAUGGAUCUUCUGCGUAAAGAAGCUGAUUUUUAUCAAAUCGAACCUUUAAUCCAAUGCCUCAAUGACCCAAAGCCACUGUACCCUCUAGACACCUUUGAACAGGUGGUAGAGCUGUCCAGUACCCGCAAACUCUCCAAGUACUCAAACCCUGUAGCUGUCAUCAUCACCCAGCUGACCAUAACCACUAAAGUACACUCGCUGCUGGAGGGAAUCUCCAACAACUUCACUAAGUGGAAUAAACACAUGAUGGACACAAGAGACUGUCAAGUGUCCUUCACCUUUGGACCUUGUGACUACCAUCAAGAGGUAUCUCUCAGGGUUCACCUCAUGGACUACAUCACUAAACAGGGCUUUACAAUCCGGAACACCCGGGUCCACCACAUGAGUGAGCGUGCCAAUGAAAACACAGUAGAGCACCACUGGACCUUCUGCAGGCUCGCUUACAAAGUAGAAGACUGACAGAAUAGAAGGCAUAACAAAGCUACAAACAGUGGUAAACUGCUGAUGCCAAUGCUAUAAGUUAAUAUAUAUAUAUAUAUAUAUAUCAGUUUGUGACCAAACUCAAUAAUGAGGGGAAAAGGAAAAUAGUGAUUUAACAGUUAUUGACCAAAUGAUCGUUUUAUUUAGUUUGCUGGGUUUUUUUUUUCUUUUUUUUUUAAUAAGAUCAUUCCAGGUAUUGUCAAAUUGUCAUGAAGGUUAGGACAAUUUUAAUCCAUGUGCUGUAGCCCACUAUAGGAUCCACAAAUAUGCAGACAGCUUUCAAUCAUGUAGCAAACAUAAAUGUUCAUAUAUUCACUCUAUAAUAAUUCUACAAAGAAUUUGCACUAUGUGCAAUAUUACAGUGAAUGCAUGCAUGUUAUAAAAUGAACCUAAUGAAUUAAAUUGUCAAAUGAGACCACUU